AUAAUGCAGACAGCAGUACACUCCAUGCAGUGGCCUUCCUUCGAACUCCUGAGAUUCUCACAGUAAAUUCAAUUGGACAGUUAAAGAUAUGGGAUUUCAGACAGCAAGGAAAUGAACCCUCUCAGAUAUUGUCACUGACUGGAGACAGAGUUCCACUCCACUGUGUUGAUAGACAUCCCAAUCAGCAACAUGUUGUAGCUACUGGAGGUCAGGAUGGAAUGUUGAGUAUUUGGGAUGUUAGACAAGGUAGCAUGCCAGUUUCUCUGCUGAAAGCUCAUGAAGCUGAAAUGUGGGAAGUUCACUUCCAUCCAUCCAACCCAGAUCACCUGUUUACUUGCUCUGAAGAUGGAUCCCUUUGGCAUUGGGAUGCUUCCACAGAUGUUCCUGAAAAAUCAUCACUUUUUCACCAAG